AUGAUCAUGUUGGUGUUGCUGCUUCGACUGCUAAGUCAUACUGUCUGCAAGACAUGUUCUAUUAAAUUUAUGACAUCUGAUGAUCCUCUCCCUAUUCCUCAUAACUUUUACCAGCCAGGUGACCUGGUAAUUGGUGGGAUUGUUUCACAGAUCUUCUUCCUUUAUAAUGAUAUGUUUUUCAUGGAACAGCCAGCACAGAUGUUGCAUGAUGAACCUAUUUCAGUGCCUAAGAACUACCAGCAUGUCCUGGCCUUGGCAUUUGCUGUCAAGGAGAUCAAUGAGAAUCCAAGGAUCUUACCCAAUAUCUCUCUGGGGUUCCACAUCCUCAAUAGCUACUAUGCGGCAAAGAUGACUUUUAAGGCUGCACUGAACCUGCUUUCUACACAACAUAGGUUUGUCCCCAACUUCAAGUGUCACAUCCAGAAAAAUAUGGUAGCUCUCAUUGGAGGAUGUCUCUCUGAAAUCUCUGCCAAUAUGGCCAUCAUUUCAGCAAGCUAUAAGACUCCACAGAUGGUCCCAAAUGAAGCCCGACAGUACAUGGGAGUUGUGUGGCUGCUACAGCAUUUCGGAUGGACGUGGAUUGGGCUCGCUGCAGUGGAUGAUGACAGGGGGAACAUGUUUUUACAAACCAUGACACCAAUACUUUCUCAAAAUGGCAUCUGUUAUGCCUUCAUAGUCAGAAUACCAAAAUGGGAUUAUGUGGAGAAACUGACAGACGUGCUUUUACAGCAGUGGGAAAUCUAUAAUAUUGUCAUUGAGAGCAAAGCCAAUGUAUACUUUAUAUAUGGAGAACCUCCAUCGUUUCAGGUGUUGAGAAUGUUGCUGUUUGUAGCCCCUUUCUUAGAAUUGCCACCACUGGGGAAAGUGUGGAUUGUGACAUCCCACUGGGAUUUUGCAUCCCUGUCUGUUCAAAAGAUUUGGGAUAUGCAAACCUUCCAUGGUUCCAUCUCCUUCACCGUUCACUCAAAUCAGCCCUUAGGAUUCCAAACAUUUCUCCAGAUGAUAAGACCUUCCUGGGCCAAAGGAGACGGUUUCAUUCAGGACUUCUGGGAACAGACAUUCAACUGUUCACUAAAUAUGUCUAAUGUGAUGGAGGAGAGCAAGACAAUGUGCACUGGAGAGGAGAAGCUGGAAACGCUGCCUGGAACUUUGUUUGAAAUGAAGAUGACCGGCCACAGCUACAAUGUCUACAAUGCUGUCUAUGUUGUGGCACAUGCUUUGCAUGCUAUGUAUGAAUCCAGCUGCAAACACAGAAGAUUGGUAGAAAUAGGAAGGCUGGCACUACAGAAUGUGCAAGCAUGGCAGGUCCAUCACUUUCUAAGUAGCAUCAAAUUCAAUAACAAUGCUGGAGAAACUGUACACUUUGAGGGAAAUGGAGAACUGGCUACUCAGUUCGAUGUUACAAACUGGUUGAUAUUCCCCAACGGUUCAUUGGUUAGAGUCAAAGUUGGAAGACUGGAUCCCCAGGCUUUUCCAGGCAAAGAGCUUACCAUUAAUGAUGACCAAAUUGUGUGGCAUAAAAGCUUUCAUCAGGUGCUGCCCCUUUCUGUGUGCAAUGACAACUGCUAUCCUGGCUACAUCAAGAAAAAGAAGGAAGGAGAGAAAUUUUGUUGCUAUGACUGUGCUCCAUGUUCAGAAGAGAUGAUUUCAUACCAGAAGGACAUGGAUGCCUGUGUCAAAUGUCUAGAUGACCAAUAUCCCAACAAAGAACAAACACAAUGCAUUCCCAGGGUUCUAAGCUACCUCUCUUAUGAAGAAUCUUUAGGGAUCAGCUUGACUAUCUUGGCAAUUUCUUUCUCUCUGAUCACGACUUUGGUGCUUGGGACAUUUGUGAAGCACAAGGACACCCCCAUAGUCAAAGCCAACAACCGGAGCACCACCUACGUCCUGCUCAUCUCUCUCUUUCUUUGCUUCCUCUGCACCUUGCUCUUCAUUGGACAACCUGGAAAGGUGGCCUGCCUCCUCCGACAAAUGGUUUUUGGCAUUGUCUUCUCUGUGGCCCUUUCUAGCAUUUUGGCCAAAACCAUCACUGUAGUUCUGGCAUUCAUGGCUACCAAGCCAGGCUCCAAAUUCAGGAAAAGGAUGGGGAAAGAACUGGCCAAUUCUAUUUUACUAUCUGGCUCCUUGAUUCAAGCAGGCAUUUGUACAGUUUGGCUAUGUACAUCUCCUCCAUUCCCAGAUGUGGACAUGCACUCAUUGGAUGGGAAAAUCAUACUAGAAUGCAAUGAGGGCUCUGUUUCCAUGUUUUGUUUUGUCUUGGGCUAUUUGGGCACAUUGGCUAUUGUCAGUUUCAUUGUGGCUUUCUUAGCCAGGAAGUUACCUGACAGUUUCAAUGAAGCCAAAUUCAUCACUUUCAGCAUGUUGGUAUUUUGCAGUGUGUGGUUAUCCUUUGUUCCAUCCUACCUGAGCUCCAAAGGAAAAUACGUGGUGGCUGUGGAAAUCUUUGCUAUCUUGUCCUCCAGUGCUGGAUUAUUGGGUUUUAUAUUUUUCCCUAAAUGCUAUGUUAUUAUACUUAGGCCUGAGCUGAACAAGAGGGAUCACUUGAUGAGAAGGAAAAAGUGA